GUAGUUGCGUCGUUGGAGAGCGACGGUGUUGUCACACGGCUCGUGGUCACGUCAUCGGAGAGCGCCAGUGUUGUCACUAAUUUACCGCACGGCGGACUCCUAAAGAAGGGCUUCAGGCUGCUUGGAUUUCUUCCCAUGAUUUACUGAUAAAAUGGCUGAUUAUUGGAAAUCGCAACCGAGGAAGUUCUGUCAAUAUUGCAAGUGUUGGAUCGCAGACAACAAGCCCAGUGUUGAAUUCCACGAAAGAGGGAAGAACCACAAGGAGAAUGUGUCGCUCAAAAUUGCUGAGAUUAAGAAAAAGAGCCAGGACAAGGCCAAGCAGGACGAGCGCAUGUCCAAGGAGUUCGCCACCAUGGAGGAGGCGGCCAUGAAGGCGUACAAGGAGGACCUGAAGAGGAUGCAGCUGGAGGCGGGAGAACCUGUUACCGAAGACGAACCAGAAGUCCCGCCUCCCAAGCUCCAGCAGCCACCCCCCAAACAGGAAAAGCCCCCAAAGAAGGCGUCCAAAGGGAAAGCAGGGAAAGCAGGGAAAGCAGGGAAAGCUGUAAAAUCCGGAAAAGCCAACCUCUGGCUGGAAGGGAAGUCUGAAGACGGACAUGUGUACUACUACCACUCGGAAACCGGAGAAUCCUCAUGGGAAAGGCCUGAAGGCUUCCAGGAACCCAAGGAAUCACAGCGGGGGCAGCAUGAGGGAUCGUCUGCGGGUGCUUGGAUGGAAGCGUUGAGCCCUGAGGGAUACUCGUAUUACUUUAACUCGGAGACCGGAGAGUCGAGCUGGGAGCGACCGGCACACCUCCCCCCUCCAGAGGAGCCUUCAGCCCCCGGCACGGAGCCCACCCCCGAGAGGGAGGAGCCCCCCCACGGGGCCCCGGACCCCACGCCAGCAGGGGCCCCUGAAGCGACCGACCCGCCCGCUGAAGACCCCCAGGUCAGCUGUGAGGCAUCUCACAAAAGGAAGGUGGAGCCUCUGAGAGACGAGGCCGAGGGUGAAGCAGAGAGCAGGGGAGGUGGGGAGGGAGGAGUGGAGAAGAAGAAGAAGGAGGAGGAGGAGGACAAGGCCACGAUGGCGACGCCUCCACCCGAAGAGACCCAGGAGGAGAAGGAGAAGAGGGAGGCGGCGUCGGAGAAGGAGAAGAACCUGAAGGAGAAGCCAGCCAAGAGGCCUAGGAGGACCACGCCCUACGGGACCUGGGAGCAGAUCCAGCCGGAGGAGGAUCCCUACGCCAACGUGGACCUCCAGCUGCCCCAGGUGGAGGAGUUUGACGAGGGCCCCGAGCUGUCGCUGCCCCCGGAGCCCAAGCCAAAGUUCAGGGAGCGGACCAUCACCUCGCUGGGGGGGGACCAGAGCGGGCCGGCUGCCUUCAGGAAGAGCAAGACGCACAACGGGAAAGCCCGGAGCCUCCGGCAGAGGGGAGAGGAUGACUAGACCGGUUCCGGGAGGGCCGGUUUCCGACGGAGAAGGUUCUUUUGGUCUCGGAACGGGACCAAACCUUUUUUUUCUUGUUCGUGAGACGAUUCGAAGGAGAAAGGAAAACGAAUAUUAACGCUUUUCACGAUUACAUUUUGACGUACAGUUCGGGACAUAAGCGUUUUUUCCGAAGUUCUAAUGGGCCGAUAAGAUGAUUCGAAAGAAAGAAAAACUUAUAUUAAAGCUUUUCAACAUCUGAUACAUUUUGACGUACAGUUCGGGACAUAAGCGUUUUUUCCGAAGUUCGUGAGAUGAGAUGAAUCGAAAGAGAAUAAAACUGAAUAUUAAAGAUUCUCACCAUCCGAUAUACUUUGACUUAACGCUAAAAAAUCUAUAUAUAGAUUUAUAGAAUAGCGAAAAGUGGUUCCAACCCACCAUCUCAAACCAUUGACUGAUCGGAAUGCAAUGGUUCUAUCUCUGUAAAUAUCUUUCUACUUUUUCCUUCAGAUUUGUAUUUUUUUUAAAUGGCUAAAUGAUGUCGAUGCUUGGGUCAUCAAAAUGAAUGCGUCGAAGUGUUUGCUACGGAGCACAAAGAAAUAGCUAUUCUUUGUUUUUAUAACCGGAUGUAAAGAGAAUAAAUGAAAGAUCGAUGUGGA